CCAAAGUUGUUUUGAAGAAUCGCCAAUCUCGAAUCUUGUGGUGUUCAUUCUAUUCAAACUCCCGCGCAAGACAUAUCCACAAACAUGGCAUCCGGAAAAGCAGCCAGAGUCCAACUCAGCGACGACGAGGUCGACGAUAUCCUCUAUCUUACCCGCACGAACGAGAGCACCGAGCUCCAGCAAUAUCUUGGCCAGCUUUCCCAACAACACAACUGCAGUAUUGCUGCUCUGCUCGAGAGCAGUGUCGACGAGGACAACGGCAACACACCCUUCCACUACUGCGCCGCCAACGGUUAUGCUGACCUCUUGAAAACACUUUCCUCGCAACUCGAGCCCUCGACAAAGACGGAAGUUUUGAGCCGCAAGAACGAAGCCGGCAACACAGCAUUGCAUUGGGCAUCAGUCAAUGGUCACAUCGAAGCAGUAAAAGCCCUCAUUGACAGCGGCGUAGACGUCUGGGUCAAGAACGCUGCUGGACACUUGCCCGUCUUCGAGGCAGAGCGUGCCGAAAAGGAUGAGGUUGUCGCAACAUUGUUGAUCGCUGGUGGAAAGGAAGACGAGGAGAAGUCAAGGGCACAAGAGGGCGAGGCUACUGAGGAAGAUAAGGCCGAUGUCGAGGGCGUAACAAGCCAAAUGGACGAAUCAAGCCUGGAGAAGUGAGAAGAGCCGAUACGAUCGGAUCGACAAACAGCAAAGCCCAUGCGCCUCGGACGCCCGCUCACAUCUGAGCAGCUGAGACAGCAACACCCAUCCCAAAGCCUUCUUUCCGCUCUACAGCCGUUCGCUGGCCUCCAAAGGCUAUGCGAUCAAAGUCACUCACCGCCAGUUGGACUAUCAGCAUGCAAUGGGGCUCCUUCCAGGAUGUACAUCGAUGGUCUUGGAUACCAUUGCUAUAGAAAUACAAAGGACCUGGAAAGCACAUAGACGUUAUCACGAAUCACUAAUCAAGAAUCGCAAGCUACGCCUUGCACAAGACUACGUUA